GUCCCUGAUGGUACGUCCAUUUCCGGACCUAUCGGCCUUGAUUCGUUACGUCAUCCCAACAUCACUAUCAAAGGCGACCAGCCAGGGAAACUAGAGGAUUUCCAAGACAUGAUCUGGAAGAGCUCUCAUCAGUAUAAAAACAUUGCCGAAAAAUUCGAUAUAAGCAAGGAACAUCCAGGAUUUGAUGUUAAUCCGUCGCUUAGUGAGCUGACAAACAUUCGAAAAUGGCACCUUGGUCGUACGGGAAUCGUUACAAAUCGUUGGUACCAUUGGGGACCACGAUUCUUCGAUAAGCCACUGAACGAGGCUGCCCAUGAGAAAGGACUAGCUGCGGCAAAAUACACAGCCAUGUUAAUGCUACCAUACACGAUGUGUGAGAUUCGUUCAACUUCCUCAGUAGCAGCCGCUGACUUUACUCCAAGGAAUUUUCUCAAGCGCUACUUCCAGCUAGCGCCUACACCAACCAUUCUAGCCUUCGCUUGGGGAUUCUCUCUUUCUGCAGCUGCAACUUUCCGCAACAAGGUGAUUUGGAUGUUACGGUUGUUUUGUAAUAUUUCGCGCUGA